AUGCUCAGCCCCCCGAACGGCGAGCUCACGAGGGCCGGCCAGUACUACUACCAACUGAUCGACCGGCCGCCCCCGAGCCGGCAGUACGACCGCAACCAACCCCUCAUCCGCGAGGGCCCGAACGAUUACAUCAUGCUCCGGGGCGGCGCCAAAAAGCUGCUCCGCAGCCUCCAGCCCAACGGGAACUACCACUUGACCAAGCUCGGGAAGAGCUUCUUCAAGGACAAGUGGGUGGACUGGGUGGUGCACGUGCCCGUCAUCAUCCGCGGCAUCCGGCGAAACGGCCGGAACCGCGGCAUGCCCUACGAGCGCACGAAGCGCCUGCCCGUCACGGACCUCAACGUCACACUGCCCCGGCAGAGCGAGGGGCUCUCGGAUGCCCAAGCGGCCCGGAACCUCAAGGCGUCCGCGCUCGCGCAGCUCGGGAACCCCGAGCCGAACGACAUUAUUUGGGAGCUGUCGGACGAGAGCUACUACCUGGACGCGACGAGGGAGUGGACCUUCAGCCAGCAGGCCAUGCAGGUCGUAGACGACCGGGUGGUGGUGGAGACCGUCCUGGAUCAGCCCCUGAGGGCUCUGCGGGACGUCUCCUACCAGCUGUACUGCGGCGACGAAAUCCUAGAGUCCGCCUUCGAACAGCGGCCGGACAAGCUUUGCGUCCCUCGGCAGCUCGCGGAGCUGAUGCGGCUGCCGCUGCAGGAGGUGCUUUCGGACUUCGACGCAAUCUGCACCAAAAAAACGUGGCGGGAGCAGGGCAUCACCCCCCGAGAGAUCCGGGAAUUCUGCCUUUGGCGCCAGGCCCCGAUGUUCUACGUGGACUGCCAGGGCCGCCUGCUGGACAAGUAUGAGCCUACCGUCAAGGAGCAGCGGGCCGUGGCCUUCACGAGCUGGAACGGCCACGCCUUCUUCUACAAAUCUGCCCGCACCGUCGCGAAGUGCGAGCCGAUGGGGGAGCGGGCCAGGUACCGGGGCGAGAGGAAGCCCGGCGAAACGCCCGAGUUCAAGGAUUGGCGGGAGUGGGAGGGCGAGGUCGCCAGCGGUCAUUUCUACACUGAGGACCUGGAGCAGGUCCGGAGGGAGCUGCUGGCCGAGGGGCACUGCCCGAAGGUGGUCAUGCGAAGCAUGAGCGAGUGGCGGUGCCUGCGGCUGAGGGUGCGGGGCGGCGAGGACUGCGUCAUCUCCGCCUUCCACGAAGACCUGGAUGUGCUGCAGGCCUGGAUGGGGCGGCUGGGGCUCCCCUAUUGCGGGCAGCGUCUGGCGGGUGCCGUCUUCCUUCACCUUCUCAAGGCCCGCCGCGAUCCGCCCGGAUCUCGGCAAGCCCUGCUCGCGGAGCAGGACCACCAGUGCAAGCUCUGCGCGGCCCCCAUCACUGCAACCACGUGCGAGUUGGACCACAUCGUCCCCGUGCACCAGUCCUUCGCCGCACAGGCCCAGAACCUCCAGGCACUGUGCCUCGAGCGCCACCGGAACAAGACGGCCCUGGAGUCCUCGCACGCCACGACACUGGAGUCGCGCUUCAGCCGGCGGGCUUACGAGCAGUACGUGGAAUCGCCUCGACUCCCGCCGCUCGUCUUCAAGCUCAACAGCCACAAGCCGGACCACAUCUGCCACGGUAUAGACGUGGUGCGGUGCCGCAAGAACGGUCUGGCCCACGCCAAGUUCCCGGCGCCCAUCUUCUGCCCCAAGGACAACGUUGAGCAAGCCCGCGAAGGGCACCUGGCGGACCUGACCUACGUGAGGCUCCGGGAGGACGGGCGUUGGGCGGCGUUCAAGCAGCUCCCCUACGUCGGCCAGGGCUGGUACGCCAAGCCUGCGGUGGCCUACAUGCUGGAAAAGGGCCUUGCGACAUGGAGCGACUUCGUGUACAGCCUGGACGCCACGGCGCACGUGGACCAGGAGUCCGUGGCUCAGGCCCUGCAGAAAAUGGAGGCGGCUUGGCCAGAGGGAGAGGAGCACUACGCGAAGCUGUCGGUGAAUGCCCUCAUCGGGCUCUGGGCACGCAACAUGAACCUCAUCUACACCAUGCGCACCAGCAACCACCAGUUCGACGGCUCCGGGUGCCAGCACCGGGAGCUGUUCCUGGACGCCGCGGGUGGGAUGCACUGGGAUCACAUCUACGUGACCCAGUUGUUGUCCAACCACAGCUGCCGGCCCGUGCACGACUUCGUGAUGGCCUCGGAGUACGUCGCCGUCUCCAGAAUCCGGGAUGCACUCGCAACCGUGCCGUCGAGGUACCUGAAGGCCGUCAAAACGGACUGCGUCGUUUUCCAGGACCUGCCCAAAAAGUUCCAGGGCCUCGUGGACAGCCUGGUCCGCGAAAGGCAUCCCGACGGCACGCCCGUGUACCGAUGCGAGGAGGUCAAGGGCCUCGAAGGCCAGUAUCGGAUCCCCCGAAUCGAGGCAGAGUGGAUGUGCAACAUUGACACCUGGAAGGUCGCGGAGGACCCUGUGCUCCACUGCCUCGAGGGCGGGAGCCUGCUGCUGACCGGCUACCCGGGCACCGGGAAGACCCACCUGGCGCGCCAGAUCGUGACCGCCCUCCGGGAAGAAGGGUACAAGGUGAAGAUCAUCACGAAGACCCACUCCUCCGUGCAGAACUUUGGAACGCAGGUGGAGACGGCCGACCACUGGGUGCGGAGCACCGUCCGGAACGGCUACUGCAACAUCGACUGGCUGGCGGUGGAGGAGAUUACGCAGCUCGACACGGGGCUGUGGAACGACAUCGCCUGCGUCUCCAUGAACCGCAAGGUCAAGUUCCUGCUGCUCGGCGACUUCCGCCAGUUCCCCGCAGUCAUGGACAACUUCGCGGGCACCCCGGUGCAGCGGGAGCUCAAGCACUGCCAGCUGCUCCACGACCUCACCGACGGCUGGCACCACGAGCUCACCGAGAACAGGAGGAGCGACCCGGGCAUCUUCGACUUCCUCCGGUGGCUCCGGGUCGACGAGCCCCGGGAGCAGUCCCUCCCGGAAGCGGUCCGGGCGGCCCGGGAAAGGUUUCCGCGGCAAGGCGAGCCCGAUGUCAGCCUGGUCAUCUCCCACGCCCACCGCAUCAGGAUCAACGCGCGGGACAACCGUCGUCUGGCCCCGCCGGAAGCUGUGACGAUCGAGUACACCAGCACUGGCCCGACGACCACCAACAUGCCGCAGACCAUGCGGGUCUGGCCCGGCCUGAAGCUCAUCGGCGUCGGCGGCCGCGUGACCAAAGGCAUCUACGUGCAUGUGGCCGAAGUGGGCCCCGAGAAGAUCGUCUUGGACGGCGGCGACUCCUUCACCCACGCCGCCCUCCUGAAACACACCCGGCUGUGCCAAGGCCUAACGCUCGAAGGGCGGGUCUUCCUGUGCGACACCGAGAGCCCGCACUUCACCCUCAAGCACCUCUAUGUGGGGAGCAGCAGGGCCACCAGCAGCGAGCUCCUGAGCGUCCGUCACUUCCAUCAGAAGCCCGCACUGGCCCGACAUGAGCCAUACCUGGCGCAAAUCUGCGCGCACCUUGCAUUCCCGACCGGCCAGGUCACCAGGGUCCUCCAGCGGCUGCUGGUCAGCGUCCCAGAAGUGGACUCGGGACAAAUCGACCUUGAGCUUGAUGAAGCUGUUCCCGCGGGAGGAGGUCUUGAGGCAGGACACGAAGCGACCCUCCACGUCCGACGCGGUGAGGUAGCGGCCGAAGAUUUUCGAGUCGUGGAGGCAUCGCUGGGUCAGCUGGCCCUUGAUGUCCUUCUCGAUCGCCUGCAGGUCUGCCUUGACAGCCUCGUUCUGCUCGAGACACAGGGGGAGUCGCCGGGCUUCCGUCUCGCUGCCGUAGGGGCUGGGGUGCCACAAGAUGCGCAGCCACUCGUGGGACCGCCAGGCCUCCGCGCACACCGGGAAGAACUUGCCGCCACGCUGGUUGGUCGUAAGCUCACCGAGCUUGAGUACCGUUUUGGGCUCCAUCGCUCCUUCUUUUUUCACGACAAGAAAAAAAAUGCCGGCCACCGUCUCCACCGCGGAGCCCGUGGCUGGGAGGUAACGAGUCUUGACAGCAACCCAAAAGCCAGCCCAACCAUCUGCUCCGACAUCCUGCAAUGGGACUACAAGGCCUUCGAGCCCGGGCACUUCGACGCAGUGUGGGCCUCGCCCUGCUGCACCGAGUUCAGCAUCGCACUCAAGAAGCGCCCCCGCAACCUGCCGCUCGGAGAUGCCCUGGUGCUCAAGACCCUGGAGGUCAUAGACUACCUCAAGCCUCGGUGGUGGGCCAUCGAAAACCCGAGCACCGGGCGCCUCAAAACCCGCCCCUACAUGCAGGGCCUCCACUGGGACAAGGUAACGUACUGCAAGUACGGCUUCCGCUACAAGAAGCCCACGGCCAUCUGGCACAACCUGCCCUGGACCCCCUCCCAAGGCCCCUGUCGCAAGGGCGACCGCUGCGAGGUCUUCCAAGGAACUCGCCACCCAGAGGCCGCGCAGCGAGGACCGACCAAAGGACGAGAGGGGAGCAACUCGCGGGACCAGCUCUACUCCAUCCCGCCUGUGCGUCUCUUCAAGACGCCUGAGUACUCCGUCAAGCAGCCGCCUGACCCCGUGGUUUGCAAGCCCCCCGCCAACGGUAUUUUGUGUGCUCCAUCUGCAAGCGGAAAGACGGUACUCCUUGUGAGCAUGAUUUUGGAGCAAUACCGGGGCUGCUUCGAGCGCAUCUAUAUCUUCUCGCCCUCGGUGGAAGUCGAUUCUGCCUGGCAGCCUGUCAAGGAUUACAUCCGAGACAAGCUGGGGGUCAACACCGACCGGGAGCAGUGCUGGUGGGAGGACUGGGACGAGGGGGCGCUUCGCAAGAUAAUCUCGGACCAGAAGCGCAUCACCCAGAAGAGCAAGGAGCUGGGCCUGAAAAAGCUCUACUCGGUUUUGGUGGUCCUCGAUGAUCACGCCGACAAUCCGGCGGUGCACCGCAAGACGGGCGACGGCGUCCUGGACACCCUCUUCAUCAGAGGGCGUCACUUCUGCAUCAACACGUGGGUGUCUACCCAAAAGCUGCGACUGAUGAGCUCGGCUGUGCGAGUGAACGUUAUGUUUUAUUGCGUCUUCCGGCUGCGAAACCAACUGGAGCUGGAUGCCUUGGUGGAGGAAGACAUGUUUUGGGUGCGCUUCGACCGGAAGUUCUUGCUAAAUGGGGACGCUCCUGAGCCAGAUGGCAUCUACGAUCCCAGCCACUGGCCGCCGCCAGAGAGGCCCCGACAAACCUCCGACGGGUCCAACGCCAGCGAGUUCUCGGCGCGGCCCACUCGGUUUUUCAGGCGCCGUUCUAAAAAGGGCAUGACGAGUAUCUACGUGGACUCGCGCCUCCGCGCGGAGGGCACGGACAGCAGCUUCUCCUUCGACAUCGGUGAGAGUGUGCACAUUCAAUCCGGCGCCAAACUUGCGGUGUACAAGGUCCGCGUUGCUGACGCCUUCCUGAGCACGGACCGCGGGACGUUCUUGUACUGGGAGGACACGGUGGCCGGCACCCUGCACUACGCGGAGCUCCCGGUGGGCGCGUACACGGGGCCGCGAUUGGCUGCGUGGAUCAGCAGCAACUUCGCUUCCGCCAGCUACACCGCGGGAACGAACGAAUUGGACGUCACCUGGGAUGGCGUGCGCCUCAUCCUCAACGAUGCCGAGCUCCGGCAGCGCUUCCCAGGCACGGCCCCCUACCCGCCGGGCGCCUCGCCCAGCAAGCCCCUGUCCAUCAACCACCUCCUCGGCCCCAGCUACCUCACAGGCUCUGUGCAGCGCUUCGUCUUUGUGACGAUGAAUCCGUUCUCAGAACUGUACCUCAGGUGCCCAACACUGGCCAACGGGGAGACGACCGUGGGCCCGUUGGGGCACGACAUCCUCUGCAAAAUAGUCGUUUCGAAAGGCGUGGGCCACGUCAUGGAGACCGAGACGUCAGAGGGGCACUGGGUUCAGCUGCACGGGCCCAUAACCCUGCGUCACCUGCGCUUCAAGCUCACCGACUACCAGGGCAACAUCGUGAACACUCGAGGCACCAGCAUUUCCUUUGUGGAUGAACCCGCUUCUGUGGCCACCGAGCCCGCCGUGGCCGAGCCUCCCGCGCAGCCGGUGGUGGCCGAGCCUCCCGAGCCUGCCGAGCCUGCCGCGGUGGCCGAGCCGCCGACCGAGGCUCCUCAGGAAGCGCCCCAACCCAAACGGCGAGGGCGACCGCCAGGAACCUAUGCUUAUGACGCCCUCGCAGGCUCGCCUGGCCCGUCAGCUCUCCCGAGCCGACCGCUUCCACGAACUCCUUCUCGCAAACAGCAUGGAUAUCUAAAGAUGAUGCCCUUCCCUGAGAAGCGCAACGAAGCCGCGAUGUUGCGUGCGUUUCACAAGCAGUAUCCCAGCUACAACUUGACGCCGCUGCUCUACAAGCGGCAGCAACAAUUGAUCGAUGCUCGGGCCUUCAACGAGUGGCUGGCCAACCGGCGGCAGCGCCAGGAGGGCGAGGCCUAUGCGGAUGAAGUCGGGCGUGCUGUCGACGCCGUUAACAGGAGGAUCCCCCAGUUGAGGUGGGCCCCCGCCGAGCGGGCGGGCGUGCGUCGCGUGGCUCGCGAUGUCGCUGCCGGGCGGAACACUAGCGUCUUGGGCUACAUAGCUGAGGGCGAGCCCUUGCCCAUCAAUCUCCCGAACCGCAGCGCCAGCAUCCUGACUUCCUCGCAUUUCUGGCUCGACGACUAUCCGCAGAGCAGCGAGCCCGAGCCUGCCCCGCUGCCCCACACGACCGUGGACCCUGCAGCAGCCUACGAGGACGCCAACGAGGGCUACGAUGGAGUGCCCUUCCCCCGCCGGGAUUUUUUGCGCCCACGGCCCUUCGACCUGGACAGCGAGUCUGAUUUUGGGGCUGUGGACCCAGGCCAAGCUCUGAGAAACGACGGGCUGGAGCCCCCAGCACCGCCGAGCUUCUUGAGCCGACUGCAGCAGGCCGAAGCCGCGGUGGGAGCUGCGGCGGGACUGGCGGGCUCUGCAUCUGCCAUCGCGGGGCACGGACAGGACCUCUACAACGCUGCGCGCAGGGGGCGCAAUUGGAUCGACCGGAACCUGCGCAUCCCGCGCACACCCGAGGGCCUUGCACCCCCGCCGGACGAAGUAGCUCCGCCGCAAAUUAUAGGCCGGCCCAGCGAAGUGGAGCCGCUGCUGGAGCGGGCGGGACAGCGAGCCCAGGAGGUGGAGAGGGCGGCGGCCCGAGACAUCGAGCAGUUCAUGAGCGAGCAGGUGGCAGAGGCCGAGGCCACGGAAGGUUUUGCUUCCACGGCGGAGGUGGCGGCCGGGGCUGCAGAAGCAGCAGCGGCUGCAGAGGGGCCAGGAGCGCUUGCGCUGUUUGGCGAGGCAGCAUUGGGCACCGCUGCGGGCAUGGGAGCAGCGGCGGGGGGCUUGGCUGUGGCAGGCGGGGCGGCCGCACUCGUGGGAACCGCCUGGGCGCUGCACGGCGGCAUGGUGGCGGCGGAGCACCUUUUGGGCUGGGGCGGAGGAGGAGGCACGGACACGGACGCUUCCCGGCCCAGCUCAGCGCCCGACAUCCAGACCUUGAAUGGGAUGCAGGAGUUUGCGGCUGAGCAGCACUUCCAGCUCCAGGAGCAACGCCCGCGGACGCAGUUUUACCGCAUGGACACUGAGGACGAAUCGGAGCCGCGGGCCCAGCCGCCCCCCCGAGUGCAGGCUCGUCCCGCGAGGCCCACGCGUUUCCCCACAGGCCUCAACCCCGCUCCCUUGGCGCAAUCCUCAGGCAGCGACUCCUCCCGCGGACCUCGCAUGCAUCGCCAGUCGCGCGCGGCACCGCCCCCUUCCUUCGAGGCGCUUCGCAGCGCGAGCGAGCCGGAGGCCGCGUGA